AUGAAUUAAACUACUCCUAAAUCCAUAGGAAUCAAUUAUGCAAGUAAGUAAUUGAUAUUGAAGACUAGAAUUGAGAAAACAAAAGGGCAAGGAAGAAACUCUACCAAAAUCAAUGAGCACUAAUCUAAAAUUCGACAUUAAUCAGAAUCAUUAACAUGGCAUACUGAAACACAGAAGCACUUCGCAACAUAACAUUAAUGAAUACGUGCAAUAACAACAAUAGAUGCAAUUAUUUGAACAAUAUUUCAACCAUUCCAAAAUCUCAUUAUCUUUUAUCGAAUUUGUAACCAAAUAAAUACAGUAUCAUAACUAACCAAUCUAAGUAUAGUAUCGUAUUAAUUGAGAAAUUGAUCAACCCAAACAUUUUCAAGAAUAGCCAAAGAAGGUGGGAAGAGGACCGAAGAAAGAUUCUCUACGAAUUAAAUUAAUAAAAGGAAGACAAUUGCAUUUUGCAAACAGAAUUGCAUGAUCUAAAAAGACAAAAAAAUGCACUCUCAAAAUAAUGUGAUAAUUUGUAGGUUAUUAUUGUGCAAGAGAGACUGGGAAGACAACAAAGACACCAGCAGUUUUAUCAGCACAAAUUUCAAGAACUUACUAAAAAUUUUCACAUUCCCACCCAAGAAACCAUAUCCUCAUUAACUGAUGAAAGAGUAAUCUCUAUAACAAUCAUAGUUCGAAAGCAAUGAAACUUCUCUUGAUUCCUCCUUGUCCAACGAAGACCACGACCCUCCAAUCUACUCCAACCAACUGUUCGAAAUGCUCAAGACUGGUAAACACAGAUAUCAAUUUUCCAAAAAACUCAAUUGA